AUGCAACAACAACAACGACAACAACAACAACAAGAUGAUAGUGACAAUGAAGAAACAACAACAUUACCAGCACUAUCUUUUAACAAUAAUAUAAAGAGUGCAGUGAUUAAUGUAGCCAACUUUCAGAACGAUUAUUUUAAUGCUAUACUUCAAGAAUCAAUAGAUCCAACAUUAGAGUUGCUCUCUCCAAACAUAUCAGUCAAUGAUAUAAAACCAAAGACACAUUAUCAAAUUGUAGAAAAUGAAAUCAAAUCUUCACUAUUCUUUACAACAUCUCCCCUCACCAACUCUUCAUCUCCUCCUACAAAUAACUUUGACUGUACACUAUCUAAUGAAUCUCCUUUGUUAUUAUCACCUUGUUUAAUGUCAAAUAAUAAUAAUCAAAAUAAUCAAAAUAAUCAAAAUAAUAAUAAUAAUAAUAAUAAUACAACUACAACUACAACUACUACCAACUCUACGCAAAUACCAUUUCAUACAAACACUUUAGGUGUAGAACUACCAAUUAUAUCAUUUGAUAGUAUAUCAAAUAAUAUGCAUUUAGAUAUCAAUUACCCCGAACCAUUAUCAAGCAAUGAGAUUAUACUCUCGGUUGUAUUAUAUCAUCCUCAGAAAUCGAGUAAAAUCCAAGAGUUUUUGGUCAUUGGCUCUCAAAAGUUGACGGAUUUGCGUGACAAAAUAUAUUGCAUGAGAGAUAAUAUUUUGGAUGGAUGGAAAAGAAAAUCUUGUUUUUUCUUUAUCAACAAUGUCUUUUAUAAUGAUUUACGUGAACCAGAAAAUAUACCCUAUAGCAAUACCAUAAAUGAAUGGAUAUUAAAAAAAGGAGACACCUCUGGUGGUUCAUUCCUCGAAAGAGACAUGUCUCUUUAUUGUUUUAAUGAAAUGGAUAUAUCUAUAGGAGAGAAGUAUCUCUAUUGCAAUCAAGGAAAUUGUGAACAUAUUUUGGUAUUCAAACAGAUGAGAUUGAUCAAUGCCAAAGAUAGUUUCAAAAGAUCAGACUAUCCAAUCGAAACCUAUCAUGCAAAGUUGAGAAGAAAAAAGUGCAAGGUUUGUGAAAUUUAUCCUGCAAAAUUUGUUACUGUUGGCGACAAACUGGUCGAUGAAACACCAUAUUUUUUUUGCGAAGAAUGUUAUAGAAUCUUUCACUAUGAUAAAGAAGGAAGAUUAUUAUACAAUGACUAUGAAAACGCAACAAUCACAGAAUCAAAAAAACUACUCGAAUCGAAAACCACCAUUCAACAACAACAACAACAAACUUUAACAAAAGAAGAAGGAGCAUAA